UCUUUUUUUCCCCUUCCCGUUGCCGUUGAUUUCGCCGGGAACGCGCGAUGUGGCGAGGUCGGCGCGACGUGGGCGGUUGACGGGGGGAGGCGCCGGUGUCGCGCUUUCCUGACACCACCCGCCCACCAUAGCUUCUCUUUCCUGCUACCGGCGCGACGAACCAGAGGGCGAGCGCUGGUUGACGGGCAGCAAGACGACGCCACCGCCACCCACGUGGCACCUCGCCUUCUCCCGGGGCAACAUGCCCGACCGGUCCUUCAAGGUGCCGUGGAAGCGCGCCCUGGCGGUGGCGAGGCCGCGCAGCACCAUGGCCCCUCCGCGCGCCGCCACAGCUCGGGAGCUCCUCCGCGUGUGCUGCGAGGUGCAGUCCCGGUUCCAGGAGGUGGAGCUCCCGCUCCUGGUGGUCCACGGCGGCGACGACACCCUGUGCGACCCCGAAUGCGCGGAGGAGCUCCACCGCCGCGCCGGCAGCGAGGACAAAACGCUGCGGGUGUACCCGGGGAUGUGGCACCAGCUGGUCGGCGAGCCCGAGGAGAACGUCGACAAGGUGUUCGGCGACGUUCUCGACUGGUUCAAGUCGCACGCCGCCGCCGCCGCUGCCACGCCCGGCGAGGGGCAGCAGUAGUGGGUCCAGGUCGGUCCGCUGGUCACGCGUGCCGCGUGCGUGGGUGUCGGCGUGUGAUCCAUCAUCCAUGGCGGGUUCAAGCAAGUACGUGCGUCGUUGCCGAGUGAAACGCGAUUUGAUUUGAUCUGGUAUCCGUUGUAUA